UAUGGGCGUAGUUUGUAGGAACGUCGCAUCAUGUGGGCGUAGUUUGUAUCGACGUGGCGUGGUUCGGAGCGGCUGCAGUCAGGUUUUAUCGUGAAGAGAGUGACGUGAACGCCCCCCAGAACAGGUCGCUCGUCUCGCUUCUCCUCAAUUUGAGUUUCUUAACUAAAGUGAAGCCUCGAAGACGAGUCCAGCAUAAGCGACUUGAUGGACUAAACCAUCACUCUGUCAAUCCUGAAGUCAUUUCGCCGCUCCUUGAAGCUUUGCGGCCUAUUUUAGCUUAGCAUAGCCUAGCCUAGCCACAUCUUCGUUCGUUGCGAAAAUGUCCAGAACGACGCAGGAGCAACUUUAAUACACACGAGAACCCACAGGGAGAAAUCGUUUGUCUGCUCAUACGUCAUCACUUCUCUACUGUUUGCAAAACAAUGCAAGCAAAAGCUGUUCUUCAGAGACUAGAAGGUAUCAGAAAAUAUCCUGAUCCCGAGCAACUGGAGCUAGGGAUUCCUGGCAUUCAAGACGAAACGCCGGUUCCCCAAAUCAAACAGGAGGAGCCUGAACCCCCUCAGCAGCAAAGGAGAGAAAAGCAGCUCCCAAUCAAAAAGGAGAAGGAAGAGCCGCCGUAUGUCGAAGAGGCGGAAGAUAUUAAGUCGACUCGUGAAUCCCAAGCAAACCUCCUCAUCCCUCCACUCUCAGAUAGUGACGAUGCCACGUCACCAUCCCCUUACACCAAAGAUCACGCUGACAAAAGCUGGGAAUGUGUUCAGUGUGGAAAAACUUAUGGUAAAAAGUCAACUUUGACAAAGCAUAUGAGAACCCACACUGGGGAGAAAGCUUUUGCCUGCACAGUUUGUGAGAAAAGAUUUACUCAGAAGGGUGAUUUGAAAAUACACACAGUGACCCACACUGGUGAGAAACCAUUCUCCUGCUUAGUUUGCAGUCAAAGAUUCUCUGUAAAAGCAAAAUUAGAAACACAUGCAAGAACCCACACGGCAGAAAAACUUUUUUCCUGCUCGUUGUGCGGCAAAGGAUUCCCCGCAAAGGCCGAUUUAACAAAUCACACGAGAACCCACACCGGGGAGAAACCUUUUGUCUGCUCGUUUUGCGGCAAAAGAUUCACGCAAAGGGGACAGUUAACGCAACACACGAGAACCCACACUGGAGAGAAACCUUUUUCCUGCUUAAUUUGCGGUCGAGCAUUUUCCAAAAAGCAAACAUUAGCAAGCCACACGAGAAUCCACACUGGCGAGAAACCCUUUUCUUGUUCAAUUUGCGGUCAAAGAUUCACUCAGAACGCAAACUUGAAAAUGCACUCGAGAAGCCACACCGGCGAGAAACCUUUUUCCUGCUUGCUUUGUGGUCAAAAAUUCACUAAAAAGGCCAGCUUACAAACACACAACAGAACCCACACUGGCGAGAAACCAUUCACCUGCUCAGACUGUGGCCAAAGAUUCACUCGGAGUGACAGCUUAAAAGUUCAUAAGAGAAUUCACACAGGAGAAAAACCUUUCUCCUGCUCAGAUUGUGGCCAAACAUUCACCCAGAAGGAAAGCUUAAAAAUACAUCAAAGAACCCACACGGGUGAGAAGCCUUUUUCCUGCUCACUUUGUAAUCAAAGGUUCACACAGAAGGGAAAUUUAGAAAUACAUAGGAGAAUACAUAGUAGUCAGUAACCUUAUUUUCACUGAUUUUUUGUAUGCUGUAGACAUGUUAUUAGAUAAAUCAUAAUUUUGAACUGCUGUUCUGUAAUGUUGAAAUUUGACUUUCAAAUUUUUUUUGUUGAAUUAUAAUAAAGUUCUGCUUUUGGGGAAAAAAAAAAGUUUUUAGGAGG